AUGGAUCCCCGAGAGCAGUUUCAGCGGAUACAGCGAAGCUUGCAGAAUGGUGGCCGCGGUUUCGGCGGCGGUGCAGGAGGCGCCCCCGGAGGAAGAGCUAUCGGCGGUCUGCUGCUUCUGGGAGCUGCAGCUGUCAUAGGUUCGAAUGCGCUUUUCAACGUCGAUGGUGGUCACAGAGCUAUCAAGUAUACGAGGUUAGGUGGCGUCAAGCCCGACAUCUACGCCGAAGGCACACACAUCCGGAUACCUUGGUUCGAAACACCCAUCGACUACGAUGUACGCGCAAGGCCGAGAAUCAUCUCUUCGCUCACCGGAACAAAAGAUCUGCAGAUGGUCAACAUUUCAUGCAGAGUCCUGUCAAGACCAAACGUCCCAAACCUACCUCAAAUCUACCGUACUCUUGGCCAAGACUAUGACGAGCGUGUGCUUCCUUCGAUCGUCAACGAAGUCCUGAAGGCUGUGGUUGCUCAGUUCAACGCCAGCCAGCUGAUUACUCAGCGUGAGAGUGUCGCCCGUCUGGUUCGCGAGAACCUCUCACGUCGCGCCGCUCGCUUCAACAUCCUGCUGGAUGAUGUGUCACUGACCCAUCUGGCCUUCUCCCCAGAAUUCACCGCCGCUGUCGAGGCCAAGCAGGUCGCUCAACAGGAAGCGCAGAGGGCCGCUUUCGUCGUCGACCGUGCCAGACAAGAGAAGCAGGCCACUGUCGUCCGUGCUCAGGGUGAGGCCCGAUCUGCUGAGUUGGUUGGUGAUGCUAUCAAGAAGUCGCGGAGUUAUCUGGAGCUACGGAAGAUUGAGAACGCCCGCCAGAUCUCCACGCUGCUGGCUGAGAGUGGUGGCAAGAACAAAUUGUACCUCGACUCUGAGGCUUAG